AUGGUUUGGUGGAAGCAGAGACGCUGCAGGCAGCAUUACCUGUGGGCCCUGGGCUGCUAUUUGCUGCUGGCCAUUGUUGCUCUGAGACUUUCUUUUAGAUUGAAAUGCAACUUUGAUUCUCUGGAUCUGGAGUCCAAGGACUUUCAAAGCAGGCACUGCAGGGACAUCUUGUACAAGUCCCUAGGAUUGCCAGCAAAGAGAUCCAUCAACUGUUCUAGAAUCGUCCGAGGGGAUAAGGAAGCAGUGACUGAGGCCCUCCUGGACAAGCUGGAGGUCAAGAAGAAACGGGAGCCUUUCACAGACACUGACUACCUCAACAUGACCAGAGACUGUGAGUACUUUAAGGCCAACAGGAAGUUUAUACAAUACUCACUCAGCAAAGAAGAAUUAGACUUCCCUAUUGCAUACUCUAUGGUGGUCCAUGAGAAGAUUGAAAACUUUGAAAGGCUGCUGAGAGCUGUGUAUGCCCCUCAGAAUAUAUAUUGUGUGCAUGUGGAUGAGAAAUCCCCAGAAACUUUCAAAGAGGCAGUGAAGGCAAUUAUUUCAUGCUUCCCAAAUGUUUUCCUGGCCAGUAAGUUGGUUCGAGUGGUUUAUGCCUCCUGGUCCAGGGUACAAGCUGACCUGAACUGUAUGGAAGACCUGCUUCAGAGCUCAGUGCCAUGGAAAUACUUCCUAAAUACGUGUGGAACAGACUUUCCUAUAAAGACCAAUGCUGAGAUGGUCCUGGCCCUCAAGAUGUUGAAUGGGAAGAACAGUAUGGAGUCAGAAGUACCUAGUGAGGCCAAAAAAUCUCGCUGGAAAUAUCACUAUGAGGUGGAAGACACAAUACACAUAACCAGCAAGAUGAAGGACCCUCCCCCUUAUAAUUUACCUAUGUUCACGGGUAAUGCCUACAUCGUGGCUUCUCGAGGCUUUGUCCAGCAGAUCUUAGAGAACCCCAAAGCCCAACAACUGAUUGAAUGGGUAAAAGAUACCUAUAGCCCUGAUGAACACCUCUGGGCCACGCUUCAGCGUGCACCAUGGAUGCCUGGCUCUGUUCCCUACCACUCCAAGUUUCACAUGUCAGACAUGGCUUCCAUUGCCAGGCUGGUCAAGUGGCAGGGCCAUGAAGGAGACAUCAGUAUGGGGGCACCUUAUCCACCUUGCUCUGGAACCCACCAACGGUCUGUCUGUAUUUAUGGGACUGGGGACCUUCACUGGAUUCUUCAGAACCAUCACCUGUUGGCCAACAAGUUUGACCCAAAGGUGGAUGAUAAUGUUCUUCAGUGCUUGGAGGAAUACUUACGUUAUAAGACCAUCUAUGGAACUGAACUCUAG